ACAUAACUGGGCCGGUGACGCUCCGUCCAUCUUUUUUAUUCGGUCUGUAGUCUACAGCAAUAAACCGUCGCACACAAAGACCGACGACCUGCAGACAACAUGGUGAACUUCACUGUGGAUCAGAUCCGUGCCAUCAUGGACAAAAAGUCCAACAUAAGAAACAUGUCUGUGAUAGCACACGUGGAUCAUGGGAAGUCCACGCUGACUGAUUCGCUGGUGUCCAAGGCGGGGAUCAUUGCAUCCUCCCGUGCAGGAGAAACCCGCUUCACAGACACCCGCAAAGACGAGCAGGAGCGCUGCAUCACCAUCAAAUCAACGGCCAUCUCCAUGUAUUAUGAGCUUGAAGACAACGACUUGGCGUUCAUCAAGCAGUGUAAAGACGGAAACGGCUUCCUCAUCAACUUGAUUGAUUCUCCGGGUCACGUUGAUUUCUCCUCUGAGGUCACUGCUGCCCUCAGAGUAACUGAUGGAGCCCUGGUGGUGGUGGACUGUGUCUCAGGUGUGUGUGUGCAGACCGAGACUGUGCUGCGGCAGGCCAUCGCUGAGCGCAUCAAGCCGGUUCUGAUGAUGAACAAGAUGGACCGGGCUCUGCUUGAGCUGCAGCUUGAGACAGAUGAGCUUUACCAAACCUUCCAGCGUAUCGUGGAGAACGUCAACGUCAUUAUCUCCACCUAUGGAGAAGAUGAGGGGGGACCCAUGGGGAAUAUCAUGAUUGAUCCUGUUGUUGGUACAGUUGGGUUUGGCUCUGGCCUCCACGGCUGGGCUUUCACCUUGAAGCAGUUUGCUGAGAUGUAUGUGGCCAAGUUCGCUGCUAAAGGAGAAACUCAGAUGGCACCAGCAGAGAGGUGUAAGAAGGUGGAGGACAUGAUGAAGAAACUAUGGGGAGACAGAUACUUUGAUCCAAAAGCUGGCAAAUUCAGUAAGACAGCCACUAAUGCUGACGGUCAGAAAUUACCUCGAACCUUUUGCCAGCUUGUUUUGGAUCCCAUAUUUAAGGUGUUUGAUGCCAUCAUGGGUUUCAAAAAGGAAGAGACAGCCAAACUAAUUGAAAAGCUGGACAUCAAACUGGACUCAGAAGACAAAGAGAAGGAGGGAAAGCCCCUGCUAAAGGCUGUGAUGCGUCGCUGGCUACCUGCCGGAGAGGCCCUGCUCCAAAUGAUCACCAUUCACCUUCCCUCCCCUGUCACUGCACAGAAAUACCGCUGUGAGCUGCUGUAUGAAGGGCCGGGAGAUGAUGAGGCUGCAAUGGGUAUUAAGAACUGUGACUCCAAGGCUCCUCUGAUGAUGUAUAUUUCCAAGAUGGUCCCAACCAGCGACAAGGGUCGUUUCUACGCCUUCGGCCGCGUGUUUUCUGGCUGCGUGUCCACAGGCCUGAAGGUGCGCAUCAUGGGGCCAAACUUCAGCCCUGGCAAGAAGGAAGAUCUCUACAUCAAACCCAUCCAGAGGACUAUUCUGAUGAUGGGCCGGUAUGUGGAGCCCAUCGAAGACGUUCCAUGUGGUAACAUAGUGGGUCUCGUUGGAGUCGACCAGUUCCUGGUUAAGACAGGAACCAUCACCACCUUUGAACACGCCCACAACAUGAGGGUGAUGAAGUUCAGUGUGAGCCCUGUGGUCAGAGUUGCUGUGGAGGCCAAGAAUCCUGCUGACCUGCCCAAGCUGGUGGAGGGCCUGAAGCGCCUGGCCAAGUCAGACCCCAUGGUACAGUGCAUCAUUGAAGAGUCCGGGGAGCAUAUCAUCGCCGGGGCAGGAGAGCUACACCUGGAGAUCUGCCUGAAGGACCUGGAGGAGGACCAUGCCUGCAUUCCACUGAAGGUGAGCCACUGAGGACAGAGGAAGAGGUACUGGCUGGGU